CCUCUGCCCAGCAACCUGGAAAACGAACUGGAGAGGGAAAUCCCGCUGAGCACCUACCAGUACCCGAAGAGCCUCAAGGACGCGAUCGUGCUUGGCCCCAACGCCGGCGCUAACCCCACCUGGGCUGCAAUGAGGUCAUUGCUGGAGGGCUCUUUGCAGCCUGAGAACUAUCAGGAGAAAUUCCAGCUGCUGCUGCACCUGGAGGAGAUCCAAAUGGAGGUGGACAUCCGGCGCUACGACAUGCAGGACAUGCCCAUGGUGCAGGACAGGGCGCUGCUGGUCCUCGACGUGCGUACCAGGAGCAGCCAGGGCGGGAGGGGUGCCCGGCUGCAGAAGAAGUUUGUGAAUAACCUGAGAUUCGACGUGACCUUCACCUUCAGCCUCCUGCCACUGCAAGUCCAGCACCGGGCCGCAGUCCUGGCCAUGCAGCGGGGCUUGGCCAGUGUCCUCUUCCCCCCCUCCUCCUGCCAGCAGUCUCUCUUUGCCAGCGCCUACCAGCCCCGGUGGUUCGACCAGAAGCUGCAGGACAACGAGGAGCAGCGCCGAGCAGUGACGCACAUCGUGACGGGCAUGUCCCGGCCAGCCCCCUACCUCAUCUUCGGGCCGCCCGGCACCGGCAAGACGGUCACCAUUGUGGAGGCCAUCAAACAGGUAUGGACGUGCCUGAAGGACUCGCGGAUCUUGGCCUGUGCCCCGUCCAACAGCGCUGCGGACCUGCUGUGCCAGCGCCUCCUCAAGGACAUCCCUGCCCGGCAUGUCUACAGGAUCAUGGCCAGCUCCAGGAACUACCAGGAGGUGCCUGCGGACAUCCGGCCCUGCUGCAACUGGGACGGCAACCGGCAGUGCUACGUGUACCCGAGCAGGACACGCCUGGCGCAGCACCGGAUCCUGGUCACCACCCUGGUGACGGCGGGCAGGCUGGCGUCGGCCCACUUC